UAUAUAUUGUCCUUUAUUAUACAUUAUACUAUAUAUACAAAAGAAAAGAAAACUAAACUUAAAUGAUAAAAAAAUCAAUUUUUGACAAAACAAGAAAAACGAACCCCAAUCAAUUAAGUUUUCUACAGUAUUAAAACUCACUUUUCUCUAUCUUUUCAAUCCUCUCUCUUUCUAUAACUAUACAUCCUUCUCUUCUCUAUAAAUAUUAAAAAUUAAAAAAAUAAUUCUAAACACCAAUUUCCGAAAAAUAUUUCUGAAAAUUACGAAAAAAAAAACAAAUUUAAAAAUUGUUCUAUGGAUUUAGACAAGUAAAAACAACAAUUAACUAAAAGGUAUUAAGGUAAAAAUACAAUCAAAAAUUCUGUAAUAUUUUUUUUAGAUUUCGUUCUCUUGUAUACAACUUAGAGUAAAAAUCCACCGAAAUAAAUAUUAAAAAAAAAAAAACAGAAAAAAAUAAUUAGUCAACAAACAACAGAAAAUUAGUUUUAUACGCUUUGUAUCAAAAAUAUCUUUUUCGGUUUGCAUUUUAUUUAAAAAAUAAAAAACAAAAACCAAAAAAUAUUGUUAAGUUUUACAUUUUAAAUAUGACAUCGGACUAUGACCGUAAUAUAAUUAGAUUUGUUAGUAAUGCAAUAAGUCACACCAUAAUAACAAUAAAAUUUCAAUUUAAUUAAUAAUAACCAAUUAAAGAUAGAAAAAAAAUUGUUAAAAUUAAACGGCAAAAAGUAAUUAUUAAAUUAGCUAGGUGAUGGGAAAACCGUCAAAAAAUGUAAAAUAUUCAGCGACAUAUUGUUGGAUACGUUGGACAAAUUUAUAUCCAGUACCUGGUCCAGGCCCCAGUUGUCCAGGACCUGGACGAAAGCGAAGACGUUCAUUAGCCGGUGGACUGGUUUGGGUACUAUUGGGCUUGGUGUGGCUAGGAAGUCCGAUCAUUGUUCGCGUGUCUGAAUGUAGUACAGAUGUAAUAAACGCCAACGGCGAAAAUACUUUCGAUAGCAGCCUCAUCAUCAAUCCGUCAAAUGAACAUGGAUACCAAAUGAAUUUAGUUCAAUCGGACGACACACUGAAAUUCAGCAAGCGAAAGUCUAAACAAAUGAAACAAACACAGCAAGAUAGGCUUACCAAUCAACACCACAACCAUCAUCAUCAUCAUUUACAUCAUCCGGUACAAUUGAUAGACUCUAAUGAUCUGAAAUCUGACAGUAAUUUUAUGGUAAAUGGCAAUGAAGUGAUUCAGAAAAAGUCGAGGGCAGUAUGUCCAAAUUGUGCUAUUGGAUUGAGUGUAGGCGACACUCAGACAAAAUCAAAUAAAAUGCGACCGCGUUUCCAGUCAACGAAAUCUAAAUUUAAAAUGACUGCUGCGACGUUCAGGCCCAUAAACACAGAUUCUUUGCGUUUGGAAGCGAUAAAACAACAAAUUCUAUCGAAAUUAGGACUCAAAUCGAAACCUAAUAUAACGCACGAGUUUUCGAAACAAACAAUCCUAAAUACUUUGAGCCGGGCAGACGAUACGAAUUUGCAGAAUGACGAAUUCGAACCGAAUACGAGAAAUUACUACGACUAUUUUAAGUCAAUCGAUCGUCAUUUGUUUGAUAGUAACUCGAUCAAUACCAAUAACAACAAUAACUAUGACUUCGUUACAUCAAAAAACCAUAUCACCAACAAUAUGAACGCUACCUACAGAGACUCUACCUUCACCAAUAAUCAUAUCAUUCAGGACAACGACCGCAUCAACAUCGACCACAACGACAACCAUUACAACAAAAAUCUCAUGGACUCGAACAGCAACACCAACUACAUUUACGCCAACUAUAAUCCCAAGCAUCAUAUCACACACAAACAUCAGACCAGUUACCAUCCCAGCAAAAGUAAAAAUCAUGUAUGCUCUCAGCCCGACAAACACAGAUCGAGUACUACGACGAAAAUCCCAUUGAAUCAUAACGCGCACAAAAGUAGCAUUUCGAAUAACAACCAUAAAUUAAAAGUGCACCGAAAUCGUACCACAAUCAACGGACCCAAGGACUUAUAUAAAAUAAACAAUUUCAGUGAUAUCAGUGACCACAGUGAUAAUAAUUUGUUAUUUGUAAAUGAGGAUGAUUCAUAUCAUAUUGACGGACAAUUAUUGCAACGGCAUGAAUUUCAUCAGCAGCCAGAACAGUUGAAUCAACCGCCAGACAAUGUCGAUGCCGAACCGGACGACUAUUUUGGACGUACACGCGAAGUUAUCACUUUUGCAGAGCAAGGCUAUUUGCUGAACGGGCAACGAUUAAUUGAAUUUUCAACGAAUGAGGAUCGUGUAUCAGGAAAAGAUUUACGUGUUCGAUCAGCUGUACUUUGGAUUAAAAUUGAGUUACGAUCAAAUUAUCGAAAAUUUCGAAGAAAAAACUUUGCUGCAUCACCAGAUCGAAGCCUAACACUAUGGGUCUUUCGUGUUAUGGAAUCAUAUACUCCAUCCAAUUCAACAGUACUAGCGGAUAAGGAAUUCGACCGUCGCACCGAAUUGAUAAAAUCGAAAAGUCUGGAUUUAUCGAAAUUGGGCUGGCAAAAAUUCGAUAUAACUCAUACGGUACGAAAAUGGUAUGCAGAAGGCGAUAAAAGGUGCCUUCGACUAUUGGUUGACUGUUCCGGUUGUGGCGAUCGUGUCGAUUUGCAUUUAUUCAACAGUUUCGAUCAUUCACAUCCAGGAUAUCGCACUGGACAACACACCAAAAAUGACAAAAAUCUAAAUUACAUUUUAAACGUACCAACGAAACAGCAUAUUAAUCGGCAAGCAAUACCGAAUCGACCAUUUCUAGUAGUUUUCAUUGAUCCGAAUGUUAUGAAACGUGUUCGACGGCGUGCAUUCGAUUGUUCCGGUGCUCCGGCCGGACAAUGUUGCAAACAGAAGUUUUACGUUGAUUUUCGUGAACUGGGUUGGGAUGAUUGGAUUAUAGCACCGCAUGGCUACUAUGCCAACUAUUGUAAGGGCGAUUGUAGUGGCCCUCGCACACCGGACGUAUUUCAAUCGUACCAUAGCCAUGUGAUAGAGGAAUAUCGUAAAAUUGAUCGCCUGAGCGGCAUACAACCGUGUUGUGCUCCGGUAAAAUUCUCCAGCAUGUCGCUGAUAUAUUACGAAGAAAAUAAGAAAAUUGUUAAACGCGAUCUACCUAAAAUGAUCGUAGAAGAAUGUGGGUGUCCUUGAGCGGUGGAAAUUUUGUUUGUUCGACUUGAAACAAUUUGAUAAAGGCAAUGACAAUAACGUUUUUUUUUGUAUGAAAUUGAUAAAAUGGUUUCAAGUAAACACUAACCAGCGCACUGUCGACACUCACCCCAGGAAAAGAUAAUGUUAUUCUGUUUGAUUAAAUUUUUGUUUUGCUGGAAAUCACUGAAUGUAGCGUCGCAGCAUAUUUCAGUGGUGUGAUAUUAAACGUCGAUUUUUAUGGGAUCAAAAAUUGUACUAUAAUUUGAAGAUCAAUUUUAUGCGUUGGUCUGUUAAUGAUGUAUGUUAACAAGAAAAUUAUUUUGAAAUGGACAGAUUUUCUUGGUUCAUGCUUUGUGAUUAUUCAGUAUUGUUGAUGUUAUGUAUAUAAAAGAAAUGAGAGCCGUUUAACUAGUAAUAAGACUCUAAAUUAAACCCUUAUAACGAUUACAAUUUAAAAAUUAAGCUUAAGCUUUUUCCAAUUUCACAUCAAAGACACAAUCAAAUAAGUAAUGGACAAUGAUAUCAUAAAUGUAGACUGGUGUGGCGUUCAUUCAAAGAACUUCAGAAGUUCACUUAAAUGUUUAAUUUUUUCCGUCAUUGAUAUUGUUAAUGCUGAAAAUUUUACGCCAUGAAAUAACGUUGACCUUUUGAUAGUUCAUCAUUCGGUGAUUUCACGCUGACCUUUCUUCGUUACUGCCAGUCUAUGUUUCUUUAAAUGUCAUUAGUAAUGGAGACAUAACAACAACGGUUGCUCACAUGAGCUUUGACAAUUUCAUCGUGACAUUUCAAAAAGCUUUACAGCUUUUGUGUGUAAUUAUUUGCAACUGCAUUGUUACUGGUUCAAAAUUUCUUUUAGCGAAUGAUAUUGAAUUUAUCAUCGUUCUAUUCGACAAUAGCGAGAGAAAUAACUAUAGUUAUGUAGAGUUGUAUGCUUCUUGGGACAUACUUUAUA